AUGGAUUCCGUCGUAGAGAGUCGGUCGAUUGUUUUGCUCUCCAUCGCUGCCAAAUGCAGCGAUCUCACCGCCAUCCGCGCCCACCUCCUCCCCGUUGCUGCUGCGGUGGCUGCCUGCUGGCUAGCCAUUCUCCUCCUCCACUGGGCAUGUCCCGGUGGCCCCGCCUGGGGGCGCUACUACUGGAGGAGCCACCGCCGGGCCUUCGGCGCGCACCACGCCAUCCCCGGCCCGCGGGGGCUCCCUGUGUUCGGAAGCAUGGGGCUCAUGUCCGGCCUCGCGCACAGGAAGCUUGCUGCUACGGCCGCCGCCAUACCCGGCGCCCGCCGCCUCAUGGCGUUCAGCCUCGGCGAGACUCGGGCCGUCGUCACCUGCGACCCGGACGUCGCCAGGGAUAUCCUCAACAGCCCCGCCUUCGCCGAUCGGCCGGCGAGUGAGUCCGCCUACGGCCUCCUCUUCCACCGCUCCAUCGGCUUCGCUCCUUACGGCGACUACUGGCGCGCCCUCCGCCGGAUCUCCGCCACCCAUCUCUUCUCUCCCAAGCAGGUGGCCGCCUUCGCCGGCCACCGCGCCGCGAUCGCGGACCAAAUGGUGCGCGCCCUCGGUGGCCGCACCGCCUCACGGCGCCCCAUCCAGGUCCGAAGCAUCCUCAAGCAGGCGGCGCUCAACCACGUGAUGUGGUUCGUGUUCGGUAAGCAGUACGAUGUGGAGGAGGACACGAAAGAGACGAGGGAGCUACGGAGCUUAGUGGAAGAAGGCUACGAUCUCCUCGGCAAGCUUAACUGGUCCGAUCACCUGCCGGCGAUCGCCGGACUCGACCUGCAGCGAGUCCGCGCCCGCUCCUCCGAGCUCGUCGGUCGGGUCGAGCGGUUCGUCACCCGCAUCAUCGCGGAGCACCGCGUCGCGCGGGCCGAGGAUUCAGUAGACUCGCCCAGGGAUUUUGUCGACGUCCUGCUGUCCUUGCAGGAGCCCGAAAAUUUAUCCGACGCCGACAUGGUCGCCAUUCUGUGGGAGAUGAUAUUCCGGGGUACCGACACCGUGGCGGUGACGAUAGAGUGGGUGCUGGCGCGCCUGGUGAUGGACGGGGAGGUGCAGGCGAGGCUGCAGGCAGAGCUGGAUGCGGCGGCGGCGGCGGCUCAGGCGAAGAUGGUGGUGCCGUACCUGGAGGCGGUCAUCAAGGAGACGCUGCGGGUGCACCCGCCUGGCCCGCUGAUGUCGUGGGCCCGGAUGGCGAUGGAAGACGUCACCGUCGGCGGCUCCAUCGUGCCGGCGGGGACCACCGCGAUGGUGAACAUGUGGGCCAUCGCGCGCGACCCGGCCGUGUGGCCGAACCCUCUCCGGUUCGACCCGGACCGCUUCGUGGACGGUCCGGCGGCUGAAUUCUCAGUGAUGGGGUCGGACCUUCGGUUGGCGCCGUUCGGGGCAGGGAGGCGGGGGUGUCCCGGGAAAGGUCUGGCCAUGGCGACCGUGGAACUCUGGGUGGCAGCGCUGGUUCAAGAGUUCGAGUGGCUGCCGGCCUCGGCGGAAGGCGGCGUAGACCAGUCGGAGGUGCUGCGACUGUCCUGCGAGAUGGCGGCACCUCUGACCGUACAGCUGCGGCACAGACGGUUGCCGGAGACUCAGCCUUGAAGUGGCGAUGGCGGUUUCAUCUGUAUCCACACCGUUGGCCCAACAGUAAACAAUUAAAAAAAGUCAAAAUAAUGUUUUUACUAUGUUUAAGGCUAUGCUACUGUAAUAUAUUAUAUAUCUAAUAAAUUGGCAAAAUUGUAUAAUAUGAAAAUACUGAAGUUUGAACUC